UAUAGUCCCGGCGUGAAGACUCUCUGCGCGCAUGCACGCAACACAAGAAAGCACGGGAGCAGUAUAUUUUAAGGCCUCCUUCUGUGUUUGCUUCAAGCAACCAACCAACCUACUGAUUAAACACACAACACACACACACAUAUAUAUAUAUGUGUGUUUUUGUUGUGAGAAUUUGAGAUCGAUAUAACAUGAGAAGUAGCAAAGGAAUUAUGGCGGCGUCUGUUGCUGUGAAAUUGGUUGUUGAAGAUGAACAGGUGGUUUUAGACAAUGGGUUGCUACAACUUACUUUAACAAAUCCAGGGGGCCUUAUAGUUGGCAUAUGCUACAAUGGUCUUGACAACUUGCUUGAGCUCAAUAACCCAGAGUUAAAUGGAGGGUUUUGGGACCUUAAUUGGAGCGAAGCUGGGAGUACAGGCACGCGAGGAAAAUUUGACACGAUUGAAGGAAGUGAAUUCCAAGUUAUAGUAGAAAAUGAAGAACAAAUCGAAGUAUCAUUCAAAAGAAGGUGGGAGCCAUCAAUGCAAGGACAGCAUUCCCCACUCUCCAUAGACAAAAGGUUCAUCAUGCUUCGCGGUUCCUCGGGCUUCUAUUCUUAUGGUAUUUACCAACACGAAGAAGACAUGCCUGCAUUCAAUCUCAAUGAAACUAGAAUCGCCUUCAUGCUCAGGAAACAAAAGUUUAAGUACAUGGCCAUAACAAAUGAUAGGCAAAGACGAGUGGCUCUCCCUGAAGACCGUGAGCCCCCAAGAGGCAAAGAGCUGGCUUAUCCAGAAGCAGUUCUCCUUGUUGAUCCAGUGGAGCCAGAAUUUAAAGGAGAAGUUGAUGACAAAUACCAGUAUUCUUGUGAAAACAAAGACAACAAAGUCCACGGGUUUAUAUGCUUUGAACCGCCGGUCGGAUUUUGGCAAAUCACUCCAAGCAAUGAGUUCAGGACCGGAGGGCCUUUCAAGCAGGACCUAACUUCUCAUGUGAACCCUACCACACUGGCUAUGUUUGUAAGUACUCAUUAUGGUGGAGAGGAUCUGGUCAUGAAAUUUGGGGAAGGCGAGAAAUGGAAAAAGGUCUUUGGUCCAGUCUUCAUAUACCUCAAUUCAUGUACUGAAGACAAGAAUGACACAGUUUCAUUGUGGUACGAUGCUAAAGAGCAGAUGGAGAAAGAAGUUGGUGAGUGGCCAUACAGCUUUCCAGCUUCAGAAGAUUUUCCACAUGCUGAUGAAAGGGGUAGCAUUAAUGGAAGAUUAUUAGCUCAAGACUGGUACAUAUCUGAGGGAAACAUAGCAGCAAAGGGUGCUUAUGUGGGAUUGGCUCCACCAGGGAAGGAUGGAUCAUUUCAAGUGGAGGGAAAGGGUUAUCAGUUCUGGACAAAUGCAGAUGAAGAAGGUUUUUUCUGCAUCACCAAUAUCCGUCCCGGGGCGUAUAAUAUUUAUGCAUGGAUCCCCGGUUUCAUUGGAGAUUUUCGAUGUGAUAAAGAUAUCGUCAUUGCAGCAGGCAGUAAAAUCGAUGUGGGAGUUCUUGUGUACGUGCCUCCGAGAAAUGGGCCUACGCUGUGGGAAAUAGGCAUCCCGGAUCGAUCUGCAGCAGAGUUCUUUGUUCCUGAUCCUAAUCCAAUGUAUAUCAACAAGCUUUACAUAAAUCUUCCCAAGGACAGGUUUAGACAGUACGGUUUGUGGGAGAGAUAUGCUGAUCUAUACCCAGAUGAGGACUUGGUAUAUACAGUUGGCAUUAGUGACUAUCAGAAAGACUGGUUUUAUGCUCAAGUUACCAGAAAAAUAGGAGAAAAUGCAUAUAAAGGAACGACAUGGCAAAUAAAGUUCAAUGUUGAUAGAGUGGGAGAGGGGAACCACACACUCCGAAUUGCACUGGCAUCUGCAACAUUCUCUAUACUAGAGGUGAGGAUCAACCGUGAAGAAGCAAAUCCACCGGAGUUUUCAAGUGGAUUAAUUGGGAGUGACAACACAAUUGCAAGGCAUGGAGUUCAUGGAUUGUAUUGGUUGUUCAAUUUGGAGAUAUCAAGUGCCCAACUCGUUCAAGGAGAGAAUACCAUAUAUCUCACACAAGCAAGGAGUGCCAGCGCUGUGCAUGGAAUCAUGUACGAUUACAUUCGUUUGGAGGGUCCACCUCUCGACGAGUGUUCACCUUCUCAAAUCAAAGGAUGAGACGAUCGAGUGCGUACAUAUUUCAAAACAAAAAUUGGCAUACAUCAUGUAAAAUUAAACAAUAUGUAUGAAUAUAUUAUUAGGUCCAGUUAUUUGUGCUAAGAAAAAUUAAUUA